AUGUAUUUACAUUUUUCACACGACUUCAACGUCACCCAGGUGUCGGACGUUGUACUGUUUAGCUAUAUACAAGCCGCUAUAAGUGGGGCACUGUCGAUCGUAACGAUCUUCUUCAAUUCUUUUGCUUUGGCCAUCCUUCACCGUUGGCACCAGGAGUUUGAGGAUGUAAGUCGGAUACAGUUCAAAAGUCUGGCCGUCACCAAUCUCAUCGGUGGCGUGCUGUUGGGGACCUUUGAAUGCAUCUACAACAGCAGAAGUUCCUUUUCCACUACUGCCUGCAUUUACAUCCCGUUUGCAUAUAGCUUUCUGUGGUUAAGUUCAACAUACCACGUUGCUCUCAUAAAUCUUCAGCGCUAUGUGGCUGUCUGUUACCCAUUGCAUUACAUCCGUUUAGCCACUGUUAAGAGACUUGGAUUGAUCUUUAUAGCCAUGGAAUCAGUAUUCUUCGCAAUUUCUUUUAUGUUUUACCCUGGUCCCGGAUUCCCGUUGACUAAAUUGAUGACCAGUUUUUGCAUACAUCAUUCUGUAGAUUACAUUGAAGAAGAGGAUGCCACCUUGGGUCAGAGUGCUUUCAUUGCCUUCUCAGUGUAUGUUGCAUUGUGCAUUAUCCCUUUCGUCAUGCUGACAUGCAUGAAUAUCCGUCUAUUGGUCAUUGCUACAAGGGCCAGUCGACAACAGCAUGUCGUUUCUGCAGGAGGUUCAGAUGGUGAUAGGGAAUCUACCAGCGCCAGAUCAAGGGCACCUGGACGGAAGGGACUUCGUACUGUCCUCAUCAUCACGGGACUCUUCUACAUCACUAUCAUCCCAUUGUUCGUGACCUUUGUCGCAAUGGUGUCUGUAUCUCUGAGUGAUCAGAGCUACGAGGUCCUCUUCUUUGUGUCCAAUGUGAUUAUGUUAUGCAGUUGUUGGUGGAACGUUCCUGUUUACAUGUCAACCAGUUCUUUAGUCAAUCGGAGGGCAAGAGAGCUAUGGAAGCAGUCCAAGUGCUGCACCCUGCGUCGAAAUCGCAUCUCAUACGGUGAUGACCUGACUCUUUACAACUGUUCUGAAACAGGACUUUCUUGA